AUGAGCGAGGUGGCAAGAAACCCUCUAGCGGAGCUCCACGCAGCUGCACCAUCGUUCAAGCCACUCAUCCCAACGGCUUUGCUGCCGUAUCUCGCAUUCGUACUCCUCUCAUCGGUGUUUUUGGCCGCAUUCUACUUUACAACAUUGCCAAAAAGGAGCAUCACCGCCAAGGAGAUCAUCGUGGGAGUAGUGGCGAGCCUGCAGGCAGGCUUUGGCGUCGUGGCUCUUUUCAACGCCGUCGGCGUAUAUGUAUAA